CACUGAAAUGAAACUCUUGUAAAUGGAUUCUACAUGCAAACAGAUGGAUCUUAGUUCCUCCUAUGAAAUUCUUUCUACUACAGCAGACUCAUUCAGUCGAAUGUAAUUUAUUAGCAAAUACAUCAUGGAAUCCAAAAGUGAAGACCCCCAAGCAGCUACUCAGAACUUUGAAGAUGAAAAAGUCGAAGAAACCAUCCUUUUGGAAGAAUCAAAGAAAACUAAGAAAUUUCGAAUAAAUCCACCUAUGGGGAAAGUCAACAAAAUAAUAACAAAUGGUGUUCUUGGGGUGUUGUUUUAUGUUAUAAUCUGGAGCUAUACAGGCCGAGAAGUUUUUCCUGGUGGAAACUUAUUUGGAAUGUUAAUUAUUUUAUAUUGUGCCAUUAUUGGUGGUAAUCUUUUGCAUCUUAUUAAGAUUCCUUUAGUGCCUCCACUACCUCCUCUUCUUGGGAUGUUGCUUGCUGGUUUCAUCCUCAGAAAUACUCCAGUCCUCCGUGAUUAUAUUUAUAUCAAUCAAUCCUGGUCUUCCAAUUUGAGAAAUACUGCCCUUACCAUUAUUUUGGUACGAGCUGGGCUUGGGCUUGAUCCACAGGCACUGCGGAAAUUAAAGGGAGUUUGUUUAAGACUAUCCAUGGGCCCAUGUUGUGUAGAGGCAUGCUCAGCAGCUGUUUUUUCUCACUUUAUUAUGAAGUUUCCAUGGAAAUGGGGAUUUCUAUUAGGCUUUGUCCUAGGUGCAGUUUCUCCUGCAGUUGUGGUACCCUCAAUGUUGUUACUGCAAGAACAAGGAUAUGGUGUCAAAAAGGGGAUUCCUACUGUGCUGAUUGCUGCAAGCAGCUUUGAUGAUAUUCUGGCUAUCACCGGCUUUAAUACAUUCUUGACCAUAACAUACUCUUCAGGUCCUGUAUAUUGGAUUAUCAUCAUGAGUUUUUUUGAAAUAAUAUUGGGUGUGUCAGCAGGAAUUAUCAUAGGAUAUUUUCUUCGCUACUUUCCAAGUAGCGAUCAGCAUAUAGUUGCCUGGAAAAGAGCAUUCCUCCUUAUGGGUACAUCUAUUGUGGCUGUCAUAGGCAGCAAUCGAAUUGGUUUACAUGCAGCUGGAGGACUGACUGCAAUAGUGUUGACGUUUGUUUCAGCAAUACAGUGGGACCAUGAAAAGGUAAAAGUGCAAAAAAUAAUUGCAGGCACAUGGCAAAUUUUUCAACCACUUCUUUUUGGUCUGGUUGGAGCAGAGGUGUCUGUUGCGAAUCUUGAAUCAAAUACUAUUGGCAUCUGUGUUGGUACAUUGAGCUUGUCAUUGUUGGCUCGAAUUUUCGUCACAUUCUUAUUGGUGUGUUUUGCUGGUUUUUCAUUUAAGGAAAAAAUUUUUAUUGCCUUGGCAUGGAUACCCAAAGCCACUGUUCAGGCUGUUUUAGGACCUCUUGCUUUAGAAGCAGGAAGAAGUAAGAACCUAACUCAUUUGGAAGUAUACGCAAAGAACGUGAUGACCAUGGCGUUUCUGGCAAUCUUGAUCACAGCUCCAAAUGGGGCUCUACUCAUUGGCUUAGUGGGACCUAAAGUGCUUUCAUUAGACAAGCCUGAAGAAGCAGGAGAGAUUAUUUCUUAAUUAAUUUCUUAGAUGGGGGAAAGAGAUGCUUUUUUCAAAAAGUGAGAAACAUUUUUACCACCUGUAUGUGUUAAUAAAAUUCUGAUAUUGUGGAAAGUGGAAA